UAUGCACAACCCCCGCGGCAGCCGCAACCGACAGACCGAGACCGACGCGGCUAGAGAGAGGAGAGGAGGCAUGCCGGACGGCGGGGGCGGGUCGGAUGGCGCGGGCGCGGGGGCGGGGAGGAUCAAGGGGUCGUGGAGCCCCGAGGAGGACGAGCUGCUGCGCGACGCCGUGGCGCGCCACGGGGCCCGGAACUGGACCGUCAUCAGCGCCGAGAUCCCCGGCCGGACGGGCAAGUCCUGCCGCCUGCGCUGGUGCAACCAGCUCAGCCCCGGGGUGCACCGCCGCGCCUUCACCCCCGACGAGGACCGCCUCAUCUUCGACCUCCACAGCAAGCACGGCAACAAGUGGGCCACCAUCGCGCGCAAGCUCGUCGGCCGCACCGACAACUCCGUCAAGAACCACUGGAACUCCACGCUCCGGAAGCGCCGCAGGGCGGCCGCGGCCGCCGCCACCGCCGGCAACGCGGCGGGCGGGCCCGCCUUCGCGCCCGCCUCUGCCAUGUCGUUCCAAUCUGUGGAUCUCACCAAGGGCGGGGAGGACGACUACGACGACGACGACGGCGACAGCGACGGCUCGGUGGAACCGCCCGCCAGCGCCAAGCGGCCCCGCGUGGACGUCGUCCCUCCCGCGGUGAAGGUGGACGACCGGGCGCCGCCGCCCGACCCGCCCACGUCGCUGUCGCUCAGCCUGCCGGGAACCGGGGUCGGCGCCGUCAUCCCGCCGACUCCCCCGGCGCCGGUGCCAGCGCCAGCGCCGGCGAAGGAGCCCUGGAUGGAGAGCGCGAGGGCGAUGCUGGAGCAGAACCCGUGGUUCAUGGAGGCGAUGAAGCGGAUGGUCGAAGACGAGGUGCGGCGGCAAAUGGGCAGCGUGUGCUCCAUCAUGGCGUCCCUGGGCAGGGCCGGCGCGGCGGCGGCCACCCUGCCGACGGCCAGGGUCGACCGAUCAGAAACGCACCCGGCAGGCGGUCGAGACCAACGGACGGACGGAUAGACGUACGAGACGCGUCAAGAAGCGGCUGCAUUGCAAGUUUCACUCAACUCCUCGUUGUCACUCGUCGAUCUCGUCCAUGUCCGUCUCCAUCUCCAUUUCCGUCCCCUGCUAGUAGAAUCUAGCUAGCUUUUUUUUGUUGUUUUAUUUACCUUAGAAAUUACAUCUUCAAGAGAAACAGAAGCAUUUCGGAUGAGCACUGUGUUUCCUGUGAAUUAGUUGGGCCGGUUGGAUCGACGGAUUGGUGCUAUUUUCCUGCUGGGGAGUUCGUUCGGGUGUGGUUGCGAUUA